AUGGCACCUCUCACAGCGUCCGGAGGCAGUGCUUCUUCAGAUUAUUUCGACGACGACCCCUCCUUCCUCAAUGCCCUCAACAAUGUGGUCCUUGACGGAGACAUAACGCACCAGGAUGUCCAAGAUGUUGAGGUACACUUGUCAGAGGAGGACGUUGCGAACUCCUCUACGGACAUAGACAUGCCCCCCUGUACGCAACCCGGUCUGAAGCGCGUACGAUCUCCAGACACCGACGAAGACAAGCAGAGCGCCGAGUUUCGCCAGGGAUUGAAUGAUGUUGACCCAUCCUAUACGUCUUCAUACACAUACGGGGCCUCGCGGUUCGGGGAGUGGGGCGAGUACAUGUCCAGGAAACGAGCGAAACUGCAGAUCCAGAAUGCCGAGAUGGAUGUGGAUGAUGGAGACGGAGCGGGGCAAAGCAGGAUUUUCAGAAGCUUGCAGAUCUAUAUCAACGGUUGGACCGAGCCAUCUGUACAGGAUCUCCGCAAACUCAUUAUUCGACACGGUGGCAUCUACCACCCAUACCUCGAUAAGAAAAGCCUGGUAACGCACAUUAUAACAUGCUCACUCACGCCCGCCAAAAUCCGCGAGUUCAAGUAUAUGAAGGUCGUCACGCCCGAAUGGCUUGUAGAAAGCGCAAAGGUCGGUGCAUUGCUUCCCUGGCACGAUUUCAUAUUUAGCCCCGGCGAGCGGGUGGAAGACUCUCAAGGCAAGAAGGCAGCACAGAAAUCUCUCUUCGAUGGUUUCGUAUCACAAUCUGGCAAGCUGCCUGAACGUCUGCCGAAGCCUAAGAACUCGUCAAAACUGGAGGAACAAACUGCUUCCGACGAUUUGCUUGAAGAUGAUAGCCUGCACCCUGUAGUAACUCCCUUGAAACCACCUACGCUGACCCCCCCUCACACUCCCCCGCAGCCCAGCACCUCGACAUCCCCUCAUGCGCUGUACAUAACCGACCCUGCCUCCCCGGAGCAGGCUGUCCGUGUGCCCGGGUACGCCGCGCACACGUCCAAUCCUAUCGCGGAGCGCGUGAUGGCGGACCCCGCAUGGCGCGCAGCACACACGUCCGUAGCACCUGACUUCAUCGAGGGCUUUUACCGUAACUCGCGCCUGCAUCAUCUCUCCACGUGGAAAGCGGAACUCAAGAACCUCGUCGCGGAGGCACAGGAGCGCGUCGAGAGCGGCGGCGCAUCUGCAUGGGGCCGAAUGCCAGGGGGCACCCAAACUGCCGUGAGCAAGAUCGUCCAGCAGAAUUUCUCUGGAAGCAAGACGGGCGGGAGUGAUGUCAGUAUGAAAGGAGCACAGUUGGCCUUGAAAUCACCGGGAAAAGAGAAGGGGAAAGCGAAGGCGGCUGAUUCGGAGGAGAGGGUGAUUAUGCAUUGCGACUUUGACAGUUUCUUUGUCUCUGCGGGAUUGAUUGAUCGUCCGCAUCUCCGAGGCAAGCCCGUGGUAGUUUGUCACUCUCAAGGAACACAGGGUGGGGGCGCUAGUACCAGCGAGAUCGCAAGCGCAAGCUACGAGGCACGAAAGUUCGGCAUCAAGAGUGGUAUGAGUCUGCAACAGGCUCGCAAGCUGUGUCCCACUAUCAUGACCAUGCCAUACGAAUUUCAGCGAUACAAGACAUUUUCUUUGCAAUUCUACACAAUCUUGAUGGCACACGCCGAUGACUUACAGGCCGUCUCUGUUGACGAAGCUCUCAUAGAUGUGACAACUAGUGUCAGCCGAAUCAAAACGGAGAUAGCCCAAAGUCAGGAUCCCAGUUCUUCUCCGUCUGAUCCUGCCAAGGAGUUCGCAGAGGCUAUCCGAUCCCAGGUGAAGAAGGUCACAGGCUGUGAGAUCAGUGUUGGAAUCUCCCACAACAUCAUGUUAGCCCGUCUAGCUUCUCGGCGAGCGAAGCCUGCCGGUUCUUUCCACAUCUUACAGAAGGACGUUUCGGAACUGCUGGCACCUUUGGAUAUUGACGAUCUUCACGGUUUUGGUUACUCGGCACGCCAGAAGGCGCAGGAUAAACUAGGAGUGACGAACCUCGGCGAGCUUGAAAAAAAGAGUAAGGCCGUGCUGUGUGAGGCUCUGGGCAAAGUGAAUGGCGAGACACUUUACAACGCCUUGCGUGGUGUGGACGAUCGCAAGCUCGAGUCCGACAAGCCCCGCAAGUCUGUAUCGUGCGAUAUCAACUACGGGAUACGAUUCGAGAACAAUGAGCAGGCAGAGACCUUCAUCUAUCAGAUGGCCGCGGAGGUGGCCCGACGACUGAACAGCAUCGACACGCGCGGACGAUCCCUGACGUUGAAGAUUAUGAAGCGGGACCCGAGUGCUCCAGUGGAGGCUCCUAAGUUUAUGGGGCAUGGACUCUGCGAAUGCUUCAACAAACAAACACCUCUUAUCGCACCGGGUGGGCAUGCAACGAGUGAUGAAGGGAUCAUCGGUGAGCACGCUUGGCGGCUGCUGAAGAGCUUCAACUUCGACCCGAAGGAGCUCCGUGGCAUUGGUAUUCAGAUCCAAAAGCUCGAGAAGAGUUCCGCUUCAACUGCCACCGAACCUGGUCAGGCCGUGCUGCCAUUCAUGCCUGUCGAUGGGGCGAAGGUUAUACCUCCUACUACGGAUAUAGCAGCAGUAACAGAGAAGAGUACUGCUAAACCACAGAUAAGCGUGCAGCCACCCUCGCAAGAUGAUGAUAUUCAGGUCGUCGAGCCUCCACCUAAAGCUGCGGUAGAUCCAACGGUCGUCGAUCUACCUUCGUUCUCCCAGGUGGAUAUGUCCGUCUUCCAGGCGUUACCGGACGAAGUUCGGAAAGAGCUUGAGACAGAGUAUACCCGCAGGUCCGUCACGCCCGCCCCAGGACUUAACACCAAUCGUAGCCGCUCCUCCACACUGCUCCCAGACCGCAAACAGACCACGAUCACCGUCAAGGGUACGAACGUUAAACGCAUCACGCAGCAGCUCGCCCCGCGUAGCCGACCCAGCAUCUCGCCGACAAAGAACAAGCUCUUCGCGAAGCGGACCAACCUCUCUGUAGUCAACAUCUCGGAAAGGGAGCUGCGCAAACUGGACAUUGAUCCCGAGGUCUUUGCGAUACUCCCGCCAGAUUUGCAGCGCGAGCAGCUGGCUAUGGCACGGUCUGCGAAGGCCCCGGGGGCGUCUGUCUAUAUCGAGCGCAAAAUGCUGAAACCGCCCAAGCCGAAAGCCCCCUCUGUCCCGUAUCGCCGCGCCCCGCCACCGCAGGCGAAGUAUCUCGAACCACUGUUCCUGAAGCAACGAGGCGCCACGAAGGACGAGAAGCUGUAUUUCACCGAAACAGACGACGUGCAGCGCGUGAUCGAGACAUGGGUCUGCGGGUUCACGGAGCACCCGCCGCACCAGCGCGACGUGGAUUUCUUUGCGAAGUUCCUCGUACAGUGCGUGGACGGUGCGCGCUCGACGGACACGGGUGUCGAGAAAGCAGUCGCCGUCGCCCGAUGGUGGCUACUGCUGUUGCGCAGACACUUUGCGAUGUGGGAGCACGCUUCUGAAGCCGACGCCGACACAGCAUCUGCGGAUGGACGUAUCACCUCGGAGGUGGUGGGCCGGGCGUGGUGGAAGGCGUUCAGGGAGGUGAAGACGAAGAUGGACGUGGUUGCACGGAGGAAGUUUGGGGGCUGCUUGUCCUUGAGGUGA